AUGAAGUUGUAUUUCGAAAAAAUAAAGCGAGCAAUAAUGCCAAUUUUAAUCGUAAAUUGGUUAAUAGGUUUAGGGCCAGUUCAAUAUCCGAUUGGUAAUUCUCGAGGACAAUUUAGUUUCAUUUUUGUCCUCUUAAUUGCUUCUUGUUAUUUAUUUGUCAGUUAUACGGAACUUUUAGGCUCAUGUAGCGAUACAAAUGUACAUAGUUUUGACUAUCUUGUCUUCUCAGUGAAUAGAUAUUUAAACACUUUUACGGCUAUUACUUCAUUGAUUAUUGGAUGGUUGAAUCGAAAAAAACUACAACUCAUAUGGGAAAGAAUAACACUAAUUGAUGAAACUUUCAAAUUGUUUGGGCUAAAGAGAAAUUAUUACAGUAUUUUCGUAGAAAGUUUACUGGCAUCGAUAUUAUGGGCAUUUGGUUUUUUAACAAUGUACACCAUGGACAUACUUGGACAUUUGGAUGAUUGGACCCUACAUCGAAGUUUAUAUUGUGUUUUUCGCUUUCAUUGGGCAAUUCACACGAAUACAGUUGUUGAUAUUUCUUUUGCAGUAGCUCUCAGUUGUUUAAAUGAUAAGUUAAGAAAAAUAAACAACAUUCUACAAAUCGAUGCUGAUUUAACUAAACUUCAAUUGCCUAAUACAAUUAAGAGGACAAACAAAAUUUCAUCAGUUUUAAACAAGGAUAAUUUAAGUAAAAAAAACUUGAUAGAGAUAUUGAAACAUCUGCACUUAGAAGUUUGCGAGAUGACUAGAGAAAUAAGUGAAAUUUAUCAAGUUCACAUUGCACUAGAAAUGAUAACAAAUUUCUCAUCUCUAACUGCAGUUCUUUAUUAUUUUUUAAAUUCAAUGUCUGAAUUAGAGAACUUUCUCGUCUCAGACAAGAAAAUAGCAAUUAUUGGCUUAAUAGGAUGGAGCCUAAUUUUUUUCAGCAGAUUUUUAUACAUAAACGUUGUUGCCGAAAAAAUUUAUUCCGAGGCCAUCAAAACUGGAUACGUUGUUCUCAACUUGAAAUCAGAAAAUGAGAAUGAGACGUUAGAAAAUGAGAUAGAACAGUUUACUCUGCAAUUGACUCAACAACCUUUGUGUAUUUCCAUGUAUGGAUUAAAUGAUUUAGGACAUGAUUUUAUUAAAAAUGUAUGA